GGUGCAGACAUCCAUAACAAAACGCCUGAGAGAAAAAACGCAGUCAAUGACGAUGUUGAUGUUUGCUUUUGUCUUUGUGGAUAAGAUCAUGCUGUGAGGUCAGGGAUGUGUCGAUUUCAGCAUAUAUACUCAUUUGAACUGUCAAUUCCACUACAAACAAGCCAAUUCGACCUCAGCCACAAGUUGAUUCAACCACAGCCAGGAAUUAUUCAACCAUAGGUUGUUGCCUGCAAGCAGAAGCAUCACCACCAGAAGCAAAGCAUGAGUCCUGUGCUGUGUGGCAUCAUAUAGCAGAACAGUUAACUUCAACCAAUGCCAUGCAGCAGUCCUGUCAGGCUGGUCAGGGAGAGCCAUGCACUCGCUUUGACUGUAAAGGUGCUUAUAAAUACAGUGCAGCGAAUUCCUACAUACCCUUGGAAAACUCAAUUGAAGUGGAUUAUUGUUUUGGUCUUGUAUUGAAUCACUGUGAUGAACCCCUCAGUCUGGAUUUCUAUGUGCAAGUGCCUGCAAGAAAUAUUACAGUUCAGCAACGAAUUACUCAUGACACUCACCUUCCCAUUUCAGGUUUGAAAUACAGAUUGAAAUUACUUGUCACAGCUGAAGGUUUUCUUUACUUUGAAAUGGGACGCAUUGGUGACCAGGUUAAAUUUUCGGUGACCGUGAAAGUGAAGAUUACAUCAUCAGGCACAGUUACCUGGCCACCUUCACUGCAACGCAAAAUAAUCAGCAACGAGACCAUUCCUGUCCCUCCAUGCACCGCUGGAGAGCAGAAAAUGUCUCCACCCUUGGUUCUGAGCACCUGUAACCCUCCUCAUUGGAAAAUCUUAUCUAAGGGUUUCCAGUACUGUGAUUCGCAGAGCUAUAACAAAUCUUGCAACACACCUGUUGGAUGUAAUGGACCUGCAUUCACCUGCAACAAGGAGACUCUUUUUUGUGAGUGUGCUGACAACUUUGUCUUCUCCAAUGGAAGCUGCUGUUCACUGAGCCAGUUUGGCUCCAGUUGCAGAUCUAAUGAUGACUGUGCAGAGGAACUGCAUGAGAUCUGUGUAGAGCGCAACUGCUCUUGUGCCAGCCACUACCAUAGGGACAACAAAAAGUUGAUGUGUGUGGCAAGCAAAGAAACAGUUUCCUCUUCAUCGUCAGCAGCAAGUGGUGUCACACGAAAGCCAUCUGGCUCUACUUUUACUCCUACAUUACACAAGCAACCUACUUCCAGCAGCAAAGCUCCAGUUGUUAUAGGUGCAGUGCUGGGAGGUCUCCUAGUCCUAGCUGGUGUUCUCACUGCGGGCUACUUUGCCAUUCGCCGCCUUCGUCUCACAUACCACAGGCGUGAUCUGCUUAUGGAAAAUGAGGACAGUGAUGGGUUCAUAUAAAAGCUACAGUAUCUUGUGCAAGCCAGCAAAGCAUGCAUGUGCUGUAUGGGCAGUCAUUUGCUGUUUGCUGCUGUGCUAAAAUGCAAAGGGAAGAAAAUCAUUAUUAUUUCAAUUUUGUUUAUUUUUUAUUUUUUUGUGGCCUGAGUUAACUUUUCAAGAAAUUUUUGAUAUUUUAUAGAAGAUAAUGUUUGAGUUGAAAGUGAAAUUUUUUUUAUUCAUCUCUAAUAGAAGAAAAGGGUGAAAUCUGGCACUUGUGUAAGAGUUUUUUUUUUCAGUUUUCCCUAUUUUUCAAAUUAGGCUUCAUGUAGAUGUGCUCUUGAGGUAUGAUGGCCACCCCCAAAAAAAUGUAUUAAUAUCAAAUAAAAAUCAAAUCAAAACCAAAAUAAAAUCAAAAUAUAUGUGUGAAUCAAAAUAAAUCAAAACAGACCACUUUCAGCGAAGCAUUACGUUUGCUUUGAGGAGGAGGAUGCAUCUCUAAGUAUUGCACUUUGUUAUUGGACUUUCAAGUCCCACAUGAAAAAUACUCAGUUGUAUGUUAUGGGAGGAGACUUUGGAAAAUGGAUUUUGAGCAUUGGUUUUUUUAUUCUAUUUUUGGUAGUCACAUUGCAACCUCCCAGUGCAUGACAAAGGUGCUGGGAAUUUGUAGUUUGAUAGUGUAUUCAGUGUUAUGAUUAUUUUGCUAUAUCUCAUUUCAGAGCUUAAAAUUCAUUUGUUAUCCUUAACUGUGUCAUUCACAUUUUUAAAAGAUAUUGCAUGACACUACCUUAAGGUCACUGAAGAGCUAAGGGAAUGUGACACUUCUAAAACUCUUGUCACAAGGAUUUCUAGCAGCUUUCUGAAAGUGGACUCUUCAUAAGCUAGUUCAGUGCCAUUUUUUUGGUGCGGAAAGUGUCAUGACUCAUGCAAGUUAUCUAAUACUGUCUAUAGGUAGGAAUACUUGUUUCUGAUUUAGCUGGUCUCAGGCAGAAUUUGAUAUUGAGAAGAAGAAUCUGGCAAUAUUUGUAACUCUGCAACUUAUAGUCUUUACUGGGUAGGGUAUUUGUUUAUUGUGCAUGGAUGAAAAUACUUGCCAGUCACUAUUGAAGUUGAUAUAACAGGGCUAGAGUGGAGUUUGCAGAGUAAACUUCCAUGUACUGUUGCUUAUACUUGUGCAUAUAUGUGUGUAUAUAUAUAUAUAAGAAACAGAUUAAAUCAUCAAUCAAAACUUGUGCUUGCACAAGUUGUCAUUUAUAUCUUUCUUUUAAUGUGGUUUUAAUCAAGAGAAGGUCAUCAGUUGAAAAAAGUUAGAGAUUGUGCUUGGCAGAAUAUAGUACAAUUUUCAUCAUAGCUUUAACAAAUACUAAUCAGUUGAUUCUAUAAUGCUUCUGUGCAAUAUUUAAUUGAAAUAUACAUUUUAUUAGUUUUUUAAUGUGCUCUGUUUAGUCUAAGAUGGAUUUUUUAAAAGAAUGGAAUUUGUAUUAUUUUAAUAAUUAUUACUAUUUUCAUAACAUGUGGCAAUUUUUUGUAAGUUUUUAGAGAAAUUUUUAUUUAUUUUGACACAAAUUUUUAAAAUGCAGUUUUAACCUUAACAUUCUGUGCAAUGUGUGACUGGAAUAUGUAUUUUCAGUGUUUCUGUAUUUAUUUAUGUUCAGGAAUAUUUUUUCUGAAUUCAUUUUUUUCCUUAAAAUAUUUAUAUAUAUUUUUUUACUAUAAAUUAUUAUUUAAAUUUUGCAUCUUUUCUUUGCUUUUGAUGAUAACUUUUUGUAGUUGUACUUUGCUUUAUCUUUGGUGGCUGCUGUGCAGUAUCAGUUAUAUUAUUGUGUAUUAUCAAAUCGUGUUAAUAGUUUUACAGUGCAGUAUGUUUCAAAUUGUAAAACUGAAAUGUUGCUAUUAUCAAAACUUAAAAUAUCUGGUUUUAUUUGUGAUAUUGUAAUAAGAUUUGUAAAACAAAUUGUUAAAAAUAGUUUUUUUGCAGAUUAUGAAGACCAUCAGCAUUCAUACCACCAUGAAACAAACACCCAUAGUACACUCAAACAUGUGUUCAUGUGCACAUGCAGAUGUAUAUACAUAUUCAUACAUACAAGUUUCUGCCUGUUAGGAUUUUCCUCCAUUACUUACCACCAUGGUUGUUUCCUCCCAUUACACCAUAGGUAUUUGUUUACCCUAGUCUCUUACAAGAUUCUUACCUUUUUUCAGUGACCAUUGGUUGUCUGCAAUGAUCUUGAAUGCUAUCUAAUAAGGUUACUGUAUAGAAAUCUUUUCCUUGCUUCAAAGCUUUCCAUAGCUGUUGAGAUUAGGUUGUUGGCAUUUUUUUUUCAGAGAAACGUUCAUGGUUGUGUUCUAAGUGAAUUAUUUGAAAGAGAAACUGAAGGGUGUGUUGGUACUUUCUUCAUAUGUUGGUGGCAACAUGUCUAAAAAGACAUGGGAAACAAUGUACAGAAGGGUGAGGGGAAGAUGGAACACAGCAUUAGAUCGUGUUCAACAAUAAUUCCAUUUUCAGAAUGCAUUUCAUGAGACCCCUUCCAGCUUUUUACAUAGGCAUAUUUGCAUGUAAAGGGUGGGUUUGUGCACAUGAAUCAGAGAGAGAAAGUGAUGGCAUGGGGUAAAAAGGAUAAACAGAAAUGGAAAGAGAGAAGCAUUGUACAGUAUUUCCUAGAACAGAAUAUCUAACAGCAGAAUGUUUUAGAAAUGCAUUUUAUCAUAUUUACUGGCCUUUAAAUAAUAAUAGGAUUAAUUCCAUUUCUGUACAGCUUAAAAGAAAAUUGAAUAUAAUUUUCAGUACUUUAUGAAAGAUAGUUAAUCUUUUAAAAAACAUUAAAUUUAGUGAGCGUGGACAAAUUUUGCAUUCCACAUCCUACCGCACAAGAUUUGGAAACAGGGAACCUAUCGCUUUUUGUGACCCUUGUCUUCCUGUCAUUGUUAAAGGCAAAGAGGCCAGGUUUGGGCCUUUCUGAGACCUGGAAUCUUCCACCUGUGCAUUGCAACAGCUUCCACUGAUAGCUAAGGGUGCUAAUACAAUGCGUUAUACAAAGAUGAAGUCUUCCAGCUUCAGCCAUGUCCUGCCACAAUGCGUUAGCCUCAACUGAACAUACCAAAGGCAUGAACAUAAUCCAGGCAUAUUUGGUUUGUUUUACUGUGACUUUUGACUGAUUCAUUUUGGGACUUAAGGGGUACAGACACUCCAAUGCCAUCAUCAGUACAUUUCCACAGCUGCUGGUGGUGUUACACACAAUAUAUUUUAUUUUCAAAUUUUACCAGUAUACAAAGUACAACUAAUUUUGUUGUUGAUUGCAGAGGAAAAAAUCAAUGUCAUAGAAUUCAACCGAAACUAGCGCCCCCGCUACAAUGGUAAAGGACUUUAAAAGCUGCUUAGCCUGGGCCAGUAAUUGUGUCCCCAUUAAGCUCAAAUCACUCUUGUCUUUCAGAUAGGGAAACACAUUAAAAGCCGCUUAAAGAAUGGCAUUUUCAUCCUUUAUGAUUAAAUAAUGCAUUAAACAAUUAAAUUGCAGUGACAUUUUUAAAAGUAUGUUAGAUAUUCAAUCCCAAUUCAUUUGUCUUUUUUAAAGGACAAAGCUUCCUAAUACACAUGGCUGUACCUUUGUGUAUUGGUCUUGCAUGUAGCUGGUAGCUUGUGUGAGGAUAGUAGAAAGUAAAGGGUACGAGAUGGGAAGGUGUGCUGGAUUUAAAGUGUUUACAUUCCCAGUUUUCUUCUGCUGUACAUCUAUUUUAUUUGGUCUCUGGUUCAGCCUCCUUGUUAUUUUGAUAUUGAAGCAAGAUUUUUUUAGGGUAUCAUCUUUCUUUACCUAAUUUACUUACUGUGUUUCAUUCAUUAGGAUUAAUUACAUUUUUAAUGGGCUGUAGAAGUUCAAAGCACAGAGGAAUGUUAUUAGUGAGUCCUUUUUGUUUCCUAAAAUUUGUGUACUUAUUAAAUGUGUUUCACUACUUAACAAUUUUUCCUGACAAACCAUAGCUAUAUCAAAGGUUUUUCCUUCUUUUAUUGUUGUAUUAAUUCAAGUGAAGGAUGCUUAUAAGAGGUUUCUAUCAUGACAUUUGUAGCAUAAACAUGUGAUAAAGUUGAUCUCAAAGUGACAAUAAUGUCAGCAGGUUAACCAGAAGCUAUAGAGAACAAUUACUAAUGUGCUUUGACUGCAGGCUAGAUCUGGGAUUUUCAUUGAUUCAAAGGGAAUCUUUUUAUGUGUAGCAUGUUAGAUCCAAGCAUCACCUGUCUUGAUAUCCAUUAAGUAGCCUUGAAAGUCAGUGUCAACCAAAGAAUGGCUAGUUGUGAUUCCAUUGUAUGGUAAAUCAACUAAUACACAUUCUUGUGUAUUCUGAUGCUAACCCAAUUGUGGAAGCUCUCAAAUGUAAGUUGUUUGUUUGCCAAUGUCUUAUCAAAACAUUAAAAUAAAAAUGCUUGAGUUGUGUAUUUUGAGAGUUGGGUUUUGAUAGUGAAAUAUUGAUUUCCUUGAGUAAAUAGCAAAGUCAUCAAUAUGCAAAAUAGAUUCAGAAAUACCUCGAUGCAGACAGAAAUGAGACUGCCUUAUCACCUUUCGGUGCAUUUUGGAACUGUUUCACAGUGGUGCUGACUUUUGCAGCCCAUGCAUGAAGCCAUGAACUUGUAUUACUGGACUGCUGGCAGAUGAUUUUUUUCCAGUUAACUACUAAAAUGAGGCAGGUGUGUACAAAGCUUUCGGUCUAGUCACAUUCAUUGUUAAAGUUUGCCGAGACUAACAGUGGAGAACUUUGCAAGAGGCUAAGCGUUUGUCUCGGCAGACAGCAGUCCUCCUAUACACGUCUGUGAUGAAGCUGAUUCCACCUUUAUAAUCUCGAGACAAAGAAGCAAAGCAGGGAAUGAUAGGGUAUCAGCUAAAGAGACUUAGGGAAAGGCAGUGUUUAUUCUUUUGUAAUUUGUGCAUGCACAUUUAAAUAGCAGGUGAGGGUGACAGUAUGCAAUCCACAACCCCUGGUGUCAGUCCAUGAUGAUGUGCAUGCUAGUCUUGCAGCUAGGGAAAAGUGGAUGAGAUGAAGCCAUGUUACAUGAACAUGUAUCAUGCAUUAUUACAUACUAGCCAGGAUACCUGGCUUUAUCUUGAUGGGUUUCUGCUGCUCUCCUCCAGCUGUGAAGCUACUGUCAACUUUCAAUUUAUCUCUUUAUUUGAGUCAAGCUUAUUCCUAUGCAACGUCAUUGCAGGGAUGUAGUGAAACACUUGCAUUCUUAGUGCUCCUUCCCUAACUUGACAGAUCUUGCUUAGAAAUGGAUUUAUGAUGUUCCAAAUGAAGCCGCUACACAAAUCACUUGUUCAAUCUCU